UGUGCAGAGGAUAUAUAGCACCAGAAUAUGCAUUAUGGAGUUAUUUAAGUGACAAAGCAGAUGUUUACAGUUUUGGGGUCGUUGCAUUGGAACUCUUAUCUGGAAAAAAACAACAUCGAAUAUCGUCCAAAUGAGAAUUUUGUAUGCCUUCUUGAUUGGGCCCUUGUUUUACAACAUAAUGGAAAUCUGAUGGAGCUUGUGGAUCGAAAGUUGGGGUCUGAGUUCAAUAAGGAAGAGGCAAUGAGAAUGAUAAAGGUAGCUCUACUAUGCGCCAAUCCAUCACCGGCACUACGACCUAUAAUGUCCGCAGUAGUGAGCAUGCUUGAAGGCCAAACUCUUGUUCACGAGGUGAAGAUAAACCCGAGUAUUUAUGGUGACGAGAUGAGGUUUAGGGACUUCACAGAGGACCCUGAUACUACUACUGAAGAGAGCACGCAAAGUUUAUUUUAUUCAUCCGAUGCAAAAUGGACCGCCUCUACCUCAUCGUCUGUCUAGGAUAUGUAUGCUGUUGAUCGUGAUUCUCAAAGGUAAAUUAGGACGAGUGUGGCCCGGUGCUCCGCCAUUGAAGGCAGGUGCUCAUACCAAAAUGAAAGCACAACUUCACUAGAGACUACACGGCUAUUACAAGCUUGUACAAUAAAAAGAGGGUGACAUCAAAUACACGAUGGUUUUUAUUACUGUAAAUCCUCAAUUGUGUUUGCUUAAUAGAUUGAUGUUUCUUCUUUUUC